AUGGAGGGACCGCGGCCUGACAUUCCCCCACCCCCGCAAGCAUUAUGCGUCCAAGUCGUCGCACCUGGGUCUGUUCCCGUAGGCAGACCGCAGGCUCUGCGCAUCGUUGACCCGCCCCUGCUACAGCCUGCAUUUGUAGAACCCGCACAUGCACCGCAGGUCGUUGGGGCCUCGCAAUACGCGCACGUACACCGGGUCCCUACUUUACGCCCUUCUAGCCCAAAGGGUAGCGUGAAGAGCCUAAUCUCUGGUGCACAUUCUACGAAUCUUGCCGCAACCUUCACGGGCAGGCAGGGCUCUGGCUUGUACGAGAAAGUUCGCAGCCCAUCACCUCCGGGGGCUUGCAUACCACCCAAUGUGCCGUUCCAGCCGUAUGUAAAUCUCGUGCACGCGGUUGGUCUCCCACAUCAGCUGAAGAGCAAGGCGGAAGAUGGGUGGCGCCCGGCAUGGAGGGUGUUCCCGUUGAAGGUCUUCCGGGGCUCGGACUACAAGAUCAUGAAGAUAGAGGCCGCGUGGGACGACGAGGCGCUGUUGAGCGAAUUGCGGAGAACGUAUGACGAUCUGCGGACGGUGUGGAGGAAGUGGUUCUCGUUGAGGAACGCAGACCACUCAAUUAUAUACCCGCAACGCGUCGGGCCAGCGAAGGUCAGCCCGUCAAAAAACAUGCGCCUGCGCUGGUUCCUGCACCACCCGUCCUACAUGAGAGGGCGGCACGAGUUCAUGCAGGUCCUGACAGCUCGCACCGAUCUCGGGAUCGAGUUCGUGGAGCGGUGGCAGCUCUCUCGGAUAGCCAUCGCUGUUCUGCUCCCUGUGCUGGCCUCGGUGGUGAUCGGGGUCGUGUACAGUAUCGCAGCAAGUGACCCUUCGACCGCGUUCACGAUUGCAGGUUACUUGACGUCCGCGUACUCUGUUUGUCUCGUUCUUGUUGGGUUGCUCAACUUCGUGGAGUCCUGA